AUGUCGGGUAGCCUUCCUCAGCCCGGAACGGCACCACAACCGCUGUUCCGUGCUGUGGCCAGCUCGACAAGACCGCUGUAUCAGCUGCUGAGAACCAUCAACUUUUCCAACAAGGUCCAUGUACAACUCCAAGAAGACGGCAUCAGAUUCGCGGCCGACUUGUCUAGAGUCAUGCAAGGUACUGCCUUCCUCGAUAAGAAGCUCUUUACCUCGUACGUUUUGAACCUUGGCGAAGAGGAUGAUGCCCUGCCAAAUUUUCAGAUCACUCUCCCAGCACUCCUAGAAACACUUCAGAUCUUCGGCGCAGUCGACGUUGCUACACGCACGCAGAAGGCCGAGCAGGACCCAUACCGCAGCAACCUCCGCAACUACCGACCAGAUGCGUUUAGUAACCAGACUCUGGGAAUUGGGGGUACCUGUAGCCUAGUAUAUACCGAAGAGGGUGGGCAGUUCAACAUCGUCAUCGAGGAAAGCGGAGUCAAAACCACUGCCAGCCUUACGACCUAUCUGCCGGAAAUCCCUGAGGAGAUACCCUUUGACCGAGAAAACCUCUCUUUCAAAAUCAUAAUGCAGGCUCGCUACCUUCUCGACGCCCUAGCGGAGCUGGCCCCCAUUGGCCCCAGCCGCCUUACUAUUACAGCCUCAAAAACACAGCCUUACCUUACCCUUUCUGGUGCAGGCGAUCUCGGCUCGUCCAGUGUAGACUUCGCUAAAGGCCGCGAGCUACUGGAGACCUUCUCAAUCCAGGAUCGCUGGACCCAGACCUACAAGUUCGACCUGAUCAAGUCUUCGAGCGAGGCGAUGCGGAUCGCUAGCAAAAUUAGCUUCCGCGGCGAUGCCCAGGGCGUUCUAAGCUUGCAGUUCAUGGUGGAAGUGGAAGGCGGCGGGGUCAGCUUUCUGGAUUUUCGGUUCGUGCCUUAUAUCACACACGAGGACGACAAGGAUGAAGAGGAUCAUGAUGAGGACGAGUGA